AAACUGAAUGGGUUGUGUGCAGUAUAUAUAUACCUCCUUUGAUUUCACGGAUAAGAAAUCCAAUGUCUUGGCCAAGGCUCUCUUGCACUUUUUUGGUACACGUUUGCUUGAAGCUGCUGGUGUGGACGCUUUGACCAAGUCUGAACUUUGCUAAUUGCAGGAACACAAUGGCAGGAUGCUGAAGUCGAUGUCCAGCACGUUUUACAGCUUCCCAGAGAAACUUCCUGUUCUCAUUUUCUCAAUUUGUCAGAUGCCAACCACAUGUGGACUCAUCAGUCUGUUCUAGAAGCUGAUGUUGAUGCGCAGGUAGUUGAGUAUCACAGCCAAGAGGAGAUGAUCCCUGGGCCGUUUGCAAUUGGACAUGUCUCUGAUGAGGUGGACAGUACUGAUGACCCUGCUGAAUCAAGUAGUCUGCUUCAGAGUUUGCCACAUCUGCUUCACUGCUCCAUCCAACGUCAUCACAUUCUAGAUUGCUCUCAUCAUGAUCAGACAUUUCCUUCAUCUAGGAAGGAAAUGUCUGAUCAUGAUGACAGCAAUCUAGAAUGUGAUGAUGGUGGAUGGAGCAGUGAAGCAGACAUGGCAAACUAUGGAGCAGACUCAGCAGACUCUGAAGCAGCUAUAGACUCAGCAGACUCUGAAGCGGCUAUAGACUCAGCAGACUCUGAAGCAGCUAUAGACUCAGCAGACUCUGAAGCUGACAAUGUUGAGGAGGGCAUUGAAACACGAGAUGUGCAUGAUCUCGAGGCUGAAGCGGCUUGUGAUAUCUCCACAACACAUGGACUGUAUGAAGGGUCUCUAAUCUCUACCAAAGCGACUUUGGCAUUGCUCACACAGUUAGCACAACGUCAUAGGCUUUCAAAAAGCGCUUUGUGUGAUUUUAUGAAAGUUAUUUCAGUACUUUUGCCACAACAGCCAGAUGUACUCAAGUCUGGAUUUCAUUUCAAUAAGGCUGUCAUAAAUUUAACAACACAGUUAGCCAAGCCAAUUGUUCACUAUCUUUGUCCUUGCUGCAAGAGUCUGAUGAAAGAGAAGUCAACGUGCUUGACAGCGAGUUGCCUCUACAGUGGUGUUGAAGAGCCCCUGUAUUUUUUUGAACUCCCGAUUGAAAACCAGAUACAGGCUCUUUUUGCAGGUUGCUUGCAGCAUUGUUUCUUUUCUAAAAUUGAUCUAAGAACUUAUAAUCUUUAUAGAUCAUCCUGA